UCUCUCUCUCUCUCUCUCUCUCUAUCAUCUCAGAUAUAUGAACUACAGAUUGCUCAAGAACUGACUCCAAAGCUCUUAUUUUCUGGCCCUGAGAGAAACAAUUAUUUAUUUUUCGAGGUCAAUUUCGGGGCUCUUUUCCUUCAUAAACUCUGAAAAUAAUAAAUAUAAAAAGGAAAAAAAAAAAGAAAAGAAGGGAUGGGGAGGCAUUCAUGCUGUUACAAACAGAAGCUAAGGAAAGGCCUCUGGUCUCCUGAAGAAGACGAGAAGCUUCUGAGGUAUAUCACCAAGUACGGCCAUGGAUGCUGGAGCUCUGUCCCCAAACAAGCUGGUCUCCAGAGAUGUGGAAAAAGCUGCAGAUUAAGAUGGAUAAAUUACCUGAGACCAGACUUGAAGAGAGGCGCAUUUUCUCAGGAAGAAGAGAAUCUCAUCAUUGAACUCCAUGCCGUUCUUGGAAACAGGUGGUCUCAGAUUGCGGCGCAGCUUCCCGGUAGAACCGACAAUGAGAUCAAGAACCUCUGGAACUCUUGCUUGAAGAAAAAGUUAAGGCUGAGAGGAAUCGACCCGGUUACCCACAAGCCCUUAACCGAACUCGAAACCGGUAUGGACGACAAAACCGACCCCCAAACCGAUGUCCAGACCAAACUAAGAGACCGGGAAGCCUCCUUCGCCGCUCAGACUUACCAGAUUGAGACAGAAUGCUGUUCCUCCACCUCCAGAACCGUUAACACAGGAAGCACAACCACUUGCAGCAACCAGAACAGUGACUAUACCGGAAAUUUCGGUUUUCAUCGGUUGAGCCUCGAAGCCGGUUCAGGUAUACCGACAGCUUCGAACCACGGUAUAUGGUAUUCCCCAAUCGGUAGAGAUCUCGAUAUGAACAUCGAAACCGUACCUAGUGCAGUGGUACUACCGGGGUCAUUUUUGUUGUCCGGUUCGACCGGGUACAGGUCUUGUACCAGUACCGGUAUGAUCCCAACACUGGAGAACUCAUUCACCAUGCCAACAAUCACAGAGCUUCAAAACAACUAUAAUGGAUCAUUGUACGGAAACGGGAAUCUGAACUGGGGAUUGAUGGAAGAACAGCAACAAGGACAAGUGAUUGAUCAGAACCCGGUUUCGAUACAGAAUCAGAAUCAUUCGAGUUCGUUAUACAAUGAAAUCAAAUCAGAAACCAAAUAUUUCGGCACAGAGGGUUCGAAUGUCGGUAUGUGGCCCUAUAACCAGCAUGCAUAUGAUAUGGCCACAUUUAAGCCGCAUAACUUGUCCUAUAAUUAAGGUGUGAUAAUAUAUAUAUAUU